ACCGGAAGCAAAACAAACGGCAGUGCGCUUGCGCAACAUCAGCCUGAGGUUUCGCAGCAGGGGGACAACCGAACCGACGAACUUAUUUUAACUUUUUAAAGUUUAUAUUUAUUUGUUUUAUUUCAUUUUCCCCGUUAACAGAGAGUAGACUGUGACGUCACGGUGUUUGCGUGAAACAGCACGAGGCGCAGCGGAGCGCGAGACCAGUAGCUGUUGGACCAACGCGGAAGUUCAUGAUGAAGAGGAGUCAGCUGCUGCCUGUGUUGGUGGGUGGAGUCUUCUGCGUGGCUGUGGUGUCACUAUACCGCAUGCUGGAGCUGAUGCAGAGAGCGGAGCUAAAGCAGAGCAAGGUGAAACCUGCUGGACAGGUGGAUGAGGAUUUGUCCCGCCUCCAGCUGAAGAUUGACAAAUUGGAGCGUCUCCUUAACGACAACAACCGCCUGGUUGCUACGUUACGUGACUCUCUACUCCUUCGCAAAGCAUCAUGGGAUAAGGGAGGACAAGGGGGAGGGGUUAAUGGAUCUUCAAACUCUGUCCUCAGCCGAGCUGGCACGCUGCCUGGCUGCCGAUUGGCCGAAAAGAUGAAGGAUGGAAAAAAUGGCGUUCAGUUACUCGACGUGUACGACCUCCUCCCGUUCGAUAACCCGGACGGCGGUGCCUGGAAACAGGGCUUUGAUAUUAGUUACCUUGACAACAUGUGGGACGAUCAGCCACUGGAGGUGUUUGUUGUUCCUCACUCACACAACGACCCAGGCUGGUUGAAGACCUUUGACAGUUACUAUGAGGAUCAGACGAAACACAUCUUAAACAACAUGCUGAUCAAACUGAGCGAGGACUCCAGGAGGAAGAUGAUUUGGGCAGAGAUCAGUUAUUUCUCUAAAUGGUGGAGCGGGAUCGACGAGCAGAAGAGAGACGCGGUCAGACGCCUCCUGGGGGCGGGGCAGUUGGAGCUGGUGACGGGCGGCUGGGUGAUGGCGGACGAGGCAAAUUCUCAUUACUUCGCUCUGCUCGAUCAGCUGAUGGAGGGACACCAGUGGAUGCAGCGACACCUCGGCGUGCGUCCGAGCAGCGGCUGGGCCAUCGAUCCCUUUGGGCACUCCCCCUCCAUGACCUACCUUCUGAAGGGGGCGGGGCUUCAGGAUAUGGUCAUACAGCGUGUUCACUACGCUGUCAAGAAACACUUUGCCCAGCAACAGACGCUCGAGUUUCUAUGGCGACAGAGUUGGGACUCCUCCCCUCGCAGUGACAUCACAUGUCACAUGAUGCCGUUCUACAGCUACGACGUGCCACAUACGUGCGGUCCGAACCUCGUCUGUUGUCAGUUUGAUUUCCAUCGUCUGCCGGGGAGGCGUGUCAACUGUCCGUGGAAAAUAUCUCCACAGCCAAUCACAGAGCAGAACAUCAGGGAGAGAGCGCUCCUCCUCCUCGAUCAGUACCGUCAGAAGUCUCGACUCUUCAGGUCGCCGGUUCUCCUCGUUCCACUUGGUGACGACUUUCGAUUCAUGGAGGCGAGUGAGUGGGACGUUCAGUUCAACAACUACCAGAAACUGUUCGAUUACUUUGAUCAACAUCCGGAGCUGCACGUCAAGGCUCGUUUCGGGACGCUCUCUGAUUACUUCCUGUCUCUUCAUAAACGUCUGAGCACGGCGGGGACGACCCUGCCCACGGUGCAGGGCGACUUCUUCACGUACGCCGAUCGAGACGACCAUUACUGGAGUGGAUACUUCACGUCCCGACCGUUCUACAAACGCCUUGACAGAACGCUGGAGGCCACGCUCAGAGCGACAGAAAUCCUCUUCAGUCUCACGCUGGCUGAAAUGCGUCGUUUCCGUGACGCCGGUCACCUGGUUGCUGAUUUCCCGGCACGCGAUCAUUUCCAGCGUUUGACAGCCGGGAGGCGGAACCUGGGGUUGUUCCAGCAUCACGACGCCAUAACCGGCACCGCCCGUGACCCUGUUGUGGUCGACUACGGCAACAGACUGUUUCGCUCCAUCCUGAACCUGAGACAGGUGCUGCGGAGCUCCGCCCACUGGCUCCUCCUAUUGGACAAGAGCCAGUACAACCACGACCAAUCGAAACCCUUCAUGGAAAUGGACGAUGUGAUGUCAGCGCAGGACGCUCUGCCUCAGAAGACAACGCUCACGCUCAGUGAAGAGCCUAGGUCGUUGGUCGUCUUUAACCCGACCGAGCAGCUCUGUACGUCUGUCAUCAGCGUCGUCGUUGACUCUCCGGACGCAAAUGUUGUUGACGCAGAAACAGGUCGACCAAUGACUGCACAGAUCUCUGCAGUGUGGGUGGAGCCAAGCAGAGUGUCCACAGAGGCUUUCCAGCUCGACUUUGUGGCUGAACUUCCUCCUCUGUCACUCGUCGUUUAUCAUGUGACCAAAGCCUCUGUUGGCUCCUCCCAUCGGGUUCACUACACGGUCAGUCGUCAUGGUAACCCACCAACAUUCAAGUCUGAACACUUUCAGGUGUCCCACCUGAAGGCAGACGCCCCCCUGUCGCUUGGCAACAAGCAUUUCCAAAUAUGGAGUUCCUCUGAGACCGGCCUCCUGCAGAAGCUCCGCCUUCAGUCCGGUCCGGUCCGUCAGGUUCAGGUCAGCUUCCUGUGGUAUGGGACCAGCUCAGCCAAGGAUAAGAGCGGCGCCUAUUUGUUCCUGCCAGGGGCGGAGGGUGCCCAGCUCUACUCGUCCUCUGAACCCCCUCUGGUUCGGGUCUCCAGAGGUCCCGUCUUCUCUGACAUCACUUCCUGUUUCAAACACUUCACACACAAAGUCCGAGUGUAUCACCUGGAAGGGCAUGCUGGAAGAUCCCUGGAGAUCUCCAACACGGUGGACAUCAGGUCAGAGGUCAACCGUGAGCUCGUCAUGCGGCUUGUCAGUGAUGUCACCAAUGGCAACCGUUUCUACACCGACCUCAACAGUUUCCAGAUGCAGCAGCGGCGGACGCUGGCCAAGCUCCCCCUACAGGCAAACUUUUACCCGAUGAGCUCGGCGGCGUUCAUUCAGGACUCAAUGUCUCGCUUGUCUCUGCUGUCAGCUCAGAGUCAGGCGGUCGCUGCUCUCAGACCAGGUGAGCUGGAGGUGGUGUUGGACCGCCGGCUGCAGCAGGACGAUAACCGCGGCCUCAGUCAGGGCGUCACCGACAACAAGCUGACGGCCAGCCUGUAUCAGCUGCUGCUAGAGGACAGAGGGGGCGGGGCUCAGGAAGUGGGAGGAGCCUCAGUUGAGCACCUGUCCCUGCUCGCCCACCUGACCUCGCUUUCCCUGUGUCACCCUCCAAUCACUAUGGUUGCCCAUAGCAACAGCCAGCUGCCCAAGCUCAGCCCCUUCCGGCCGCUCCGCUCGUCUCUGCCGUGUGACGUUCACCUGCUGAACCUGAGGACGCUGGAGGACGCACAGGAAGCAGGAAGUCCGUCACAGGAAGUGGCCCUGCUCCUCCACAGGAAGGGCUUUGAUUGUAGCUCCGCCCCCCCGUCGUCAUUGCAGUGCACGUGGAGUGUGCACGAGGAGGUGAACUUCGACGAUCUUUUCGCUCCUCUCCGGUUUCGUUCGGUCCGGCGCUCCGGUCUCACUCUGCUGAGAGAACAAGACGAGCCGGAAUCUGCCCAGCAACAGCAGCUGCGACCAAUGGAAAUCAGCGCUUUCCGCGUUGAGAUGGACUGAAAAACAAAAACAAAACAAAACUUUAAUACUGAAAAA